AGUGGAAUUUGUAUACUCAAAAUGACCCAAAAUUGCAAUUCCCAUUGAAAGGGAGUUUUGAUGUAACUAAAAUUUUACAUUUAAGGGAAGCUCUUGAGGGUCGUGGAGCGAAAACUCCCGAUCUGCAAUGGUCUGCCUAUCUACCAUGGUAUGAAGAAACUUUUAAAAGGCAGAAAGAAUCUCAAUUAAGAAGCUUUAAAGAUACUCAGGAAAAACUGCAAACACAGAUUAAACUGCUGAAAGAGGCUAGCACUCAAUCAAAAGCAGUGAUAACUAAGCCUAGUGCACCACCUGUUGGGCAAUUGUAUCCUUGUCUCCCAAACCCCGAUUCACAGGAUGACAUGAAUGAUGUCCUGUGCCCCGCGUGGAAUCCCCCGCCAUUCCCAGCCCCACCUCCAGCUCCCGAGCCCCAAGUAGCUUCAGGAAGCCAGGCUGUGACUGAGAAGGAAAAACCAGGAACUGGAGUGUUCCCGAUUACAUAUAAGAUUUUUGGGGGAAGCACUAUUCUCCUCCAGCCAGCAACUCCUAAGGGACAACGAUCAGUGGCACGUAUUGAGACGGGGAAUAAUAGCCCCGUCGCCGCUUAUCCUUUACGGGAAGUCCCAAACCCACAAGGAGGGCGUAUGUAGGUUUAACAACCAUGGACCAAAACCGAAUUACACGCCAUGGCCAAAGAUUUUCCCUCAGUAGAAGAGGACCCGGUAAAAUUUAAAGCAGAACUGGCACUAGUAAUACGGUCUUAUGAUCCUAACUGGCAAGACCUCGAUCUGCUUUUGAGGGUGAUUCUGCCUGAUGAUAAGCGUAAAAAGAUUUUAAAGAAGGCAGGCUGGCCACCUGGACCUAUUUCAGGAGACCCAGAUUUAGCAGCUAAUAAAGAGGCUCUCACCCGAGCUAGAAAUGGACUGCUUGAUAGUAUCCUUCAAGUCUUUCCCAAACUUCCGAAUUGGGCUAAAAUUAGCACCUGCAAACAGGAAGAAAAUGAAUCACCAGGUGCCUAUUUAGAAAGGCUUACUAAAGUGUUUGAAAGGCACUCUGGCAUUGAAAACCCAGCUGACACUGCCAAGCAAGCGCUGGGUGCCGCUUUUGUUACUGGACUGGAUCCAGCUAUCCAGACCCUGUUAAAACAGAUAACCAUUGGCUGGGAAACUAAACCCUUAGAGGAGCUUCUGACAGUGGCAAACCACUGCAGACAGUGUAUAAAGGCUAAGCAGGACAAAGAACCUAAGCUUAUGGUUCUGCAAUCACUGCCUACUAAAACAGGCAGGGGUCGGGGGCGUCCCAUAGAGCGACAGUCACGGGGCUCACCCUGGUCUGGAAAUUCUGCCGGCCGUGGCAACCCCAGGAUAAAUGCAAACACUUGUCACUAUUGCAAACAGCCAGGACACUGGAAAAGCCAGUGCCCAAACCGCCCCAUGCAGCCAGAGCCUGUAGCUUUCAGACCCCCGCAGGGUCAGUUUACUUUAGCAACGGCUGAGAGUCAAUAGGGGUGCCCAGAGGAGGAUUGCAACUUCACCCUUUUAUCUCCGCUUAUUCCCCUGAACUCUGACGGCACCCUCACUUGCCAAGUUGCUGGACAAAACACCCAGGUUUUAGUGGACACAGGUGCUAGCAGGUCCACUCUCCAAGCGUCUUCUUUCUCUAUUCCUAUGUCUAACCAGGUUGUUAAUGCAGUUGGUAUUUCUAAUCAAGUCGUGCCUCACCCUGUUUCUAAACCCGUGUCUCUUGUACUAGGACCUAUUUCUGAGCAUCAUUCCUUUCUCCUAAGUCCUACUU